AUGUCCGACUCCUUUGCUAAUAAUUUCUGGACCGCAGAUUUCAUCACCGGGUUGAACCAACUCCAAUCACAAUCGACAACAUCCAUAUCGCAACUACAUGAGUUUCGCAAAUUGGUAUUCAGUUUACUUAAAUAUUAUCACUCCAACAGCGAGUACUUGACUCAAACCAGUACUGAACUCAAUUCGCCGAAUGGACCAUUUCGCAGCAACAAGAGCGAUGCCGAACGACUAACGUUGGACCUUUGCUUCAAGAGUUUUAUUGAUCAAAUGGGAGUCGAGGCGAUAAUUUUGAUGAACUUGGCUGCUGAUAUAGACAAGCAUGUGCUUGAUGACUUGACGCAGUACCUCAAGUACCAUGAGUCAAAGAUACGCAGGGAAUUUGACAGGUUGGAGACUAUCUAUGGCGACUACUUGGAUUUACUGGAGAAGAUAUCAAAGACAAAGAAAAAGUACUUUGAGCAGGUGCGGUUGCAGGAGUAUGCUGAGCUGUCACGGGAAAGCGGCCAUAUAGAAGCCAAUGACCUGGCGAGGAUGAAAGAGGAAGUAAAGGAUGAUGAGAAGGGAGACGAGGAAGAGUGGGAAGAAGAAGAAGAAGAAGAAGAAGAAAAUUACAGUAGUGAUGGGGAGUCGUAUGCGGGAGAAGAAGAAGAAAAUGACCCCAGCAUAGCUAGUCAAAGUGGACCCGACAAACUGUUUAAAUUCCCCUUGCGCGUUGGACCAGUUGUAUUUGAAAAAGUUGACGAGUUGCAAAAGACCCUAGCUCGGCUCAUUUCAAAAGUACCCACUUCCAAAAGGUCAAUAACACUUCCAGGUUACAAAGCCGACAUAUUUUCAAGCGAUUCAUUGUGUGAGAUCUUGGUGAAAUCUCCCGUGAGCGGCUUGGUGCCGCCCUCGCGGUCAAACUUGGAGAAAUUUGGACAAGCGUUGGUGGAUUUGAAAUUGAUCACCCCGACGAGCAUUUUCCUGAAAAAAUUUAAAAGUGAAGGUGUCUGGUUCGAAUGGUCGGAUUUGGCAUCUGACAUUGCCACUGCGAAAACUCAACUUGCUCCACCAGCGGCGACACCUGCAAGACUAUCAGGAAUAACACCAACUUCCACCCCUAGCAGUGAAAAUAAAUUUUUGAAAAGAAACAAAAUGGCUUCGCCAGCUGAAAAACUCAAAAGCGAUAUCGCGGAGACGACUGCCCGAUUCAAUAGUAUGUUCUCUUCGGUCAAGAGCUCAAUCAUGAAAACAAACCACGCUGAGUUGAUUCGCAGUUUACUCGAGCAGUAUAACAAACAGAUUCUUGAACUAGAGGAUUGCGUUUAUUACUUGGAAAGAGGACUCAUUGACAUUUCCCAGUAUUUGGAAAAGUUUGAGAACAAGAAGUUGGAGAUUAUAUAUGACAGUUCUGCGAAACUACUGCAGAUACUCAGCAGAUCUUUCCAACAGCAAUCGGGGGAAGUUACAAGAUACGCAAAAGCUGUGAUUGAUUUUAAUACGAAAGCCAACAUUACUCUGGAUUUCAAGAAAACCCUCGACAGUCACAAGUCGGGGCUUUAUUUCCCAGUUUCGCUCCCGCAAAAAGAGCGCGAAGCUAUUGGGAACUUGCCACAGGAUUUAAAGAGCCAAUUUGACCUAUUUAAUGAUGUGCAGUUGCAAGUGUUGAACUCGCAUCUAACCCCAGAGGAAACGUCGAUGGCCAAAUCGUCAGUGCCGGUGCUCCUCGAUAGUAUGCUUCUUGAACUAAAAUCAAGAGAUCUUGCCCGUGUGAAACUGUCAUGGUUGCAACCACUCGAUUUCCAAAUGCAGUGGAGAUUAAAGCAAGAACUCACGCAAUUGAUUGGAUCAAACAUUCAAGACACAAGCGAUACGAAUGCCCAUAUUAGUGAAUCACCACUCAUGUAUGUAGUGGUUGAGAACUUGAGAGCUAAGGAACCUGAGGAAAUAGUAGCGUUUUUGAAAUGCUGGUUAUUGGAGAUGAGAGAUUCCACAAUUCCGUUUCUCAAUUACGAGACCAUCACCGCCGCGUAUUCGGGAGCUAGCGAGCAAAAGGACCGGUCCAGUGAGUUGGUGAUGCAUUUGUCUACUGUGCCGCGAAGUAACUUGGCCUCGUUGAUUUGCAUCAUUGAACACAUCUGCCUUGCAUUUGGCCUUGCUUCGUUGGAGAACCACGUCGAAGAAGAGGAAAAAGAAGAAGCAGCAGCAGCAGCAGCUGAAGAUGACAACAAAUUGGCCCUGAUAUCCAAGGAGUUGAACCUGAUGGAGGCAAUUGGUGCUGUUCCCUUUAUGCAUUUGCUAAUGAGACCGUCAACUACGAAACACGCCACGGGGUUCAAGCCACCAUUGGAAACGUAUGAGGCUGUGUUGAUCGAUUUGUUGAGCACAAGGAUCCGUCGCGAGCUCUUGAAUAUCUUGGUAAAGAGGGAGUUGGAAAUUAAAGAAAAGAAGGAACACGAAAAGAAAGCCGCGCUUUCAUCGAGGAAAAAGAUUUCCCAUCAAGAGGUUCCCAGGACGGCGGACAAUAGUGUUUUGUAUGAUGAUGUCUCAGAGUUGUAUGCGGAUCCUGACAGCCCGUCGCCGCAAAAGAUGGCUCACCGCCACACGGCAAACGCAAACGCAAGCACAAGCAUGAACCAAAACGUGGAUAUCAAGGCUCCGCGUCACUUGAGUGCUGAUGCAUUCGAGUUGAGACCGUUUAAAACCCGCUCAACUCCACUUCCCUCGCCUCAAAGUUCCCCCAAACCUUUGAAAGAGUCCACGUUUGACAUCCACAAGGCAACUACACCCUCCAGCGCUGCCUUCUUGGCACCAAAGAUGGAUAUUCAAUUUGAAGGUAAAUAA